AUGCUGAAAAGACUGGAAACUAAGGUGAGUGAGGAAGUGGCUAAGUACAAGGUUUGUUUACUUGGAUAUGUUUUUAGUUUGGAUUUGUUGUUUAGAUUAGAAACACUUGUUUAUGCGCAAGCUCCGUCGUUUAGUGGUGAAGAAUCUGGUAGAUCUUUAGGUGAUGGAGGAAUGCUUGGUCAUCAGAUGGAUGAUCCACGUAUGCUUGGUCUUCGGAGAUUUCCCCUUCUUCCAGGCAUGGUUCCUCCUAAGAGCAGGUAUAUGGGACUUCCAAGCAUCAAACAAGAGAUUCCCCUUCUUCUAGAUGCAUCUAACACUUUAUUUGUGGAAGGGUUGCCUGCAUUUUGUACACGACGCGAAGUGUCUCAUAUCUUUCUUCCUUUUGUAGGUUUUAAAGAAGUGAGACUUGUGAGCAAGGAGUCUCGUCAUUCUGGAGAAGAUCCACUUGUCCCGUGUUUUGUUGAUUUUAUCAAUCCUGCACAGGCAGCAGCAACUGUGUUGGACACCUUACAAGUAUGGUAUGACUGCAAAAGCAUUGGAAACAAAGAAAUAAAUACAACUGAAGCUUCGUCAUUUGUGCCUCUAUAUGCUGAAAAUAUUGCAACAAAUGUUUUUGACAUCCCUGAGUUUUGCUUUCAGCGACUGUGCUCUGCUAAUCUCUGUUUCUGCCUUAAGGGGUUUUGCUCUAGAAGCUGGGGACUUGCCGAAGUUUAA